CGCGAGUCCGUCUCACCGCAUUAGGUUUCUGGCGGGCCAUCCCAGACCUGCUCACAGCUCUGACCUUGCUUUUAGUGCUCAUGCUGCCAGCCAUCACAUAACAUGCAGGUGUCUCAACAUGCGUAUCGAUGGGUGAUACACCAGUCUUCCACUGUCGUUCGGGGGUAUGGCGCCCGUCAAAGACGAACACUUCUUGCCCGAGAUAUGGGCAUUGUUUACGCUGGGAUCGCUAUGGGUAGUGAUGCGGUUCGCCGUGCGAAUUCGGACCUUCGGACUCUAUGGCCUGGGAAUCGACGACGGGUUCGCCUUCAUCGCACUGUUCUGCUGGGCUGUCAUCAUCGCAGGAAUAAAUUGCACCUACUACACAGCGACCAACAUUGACUACAAGCCAGAUGAAGUGUGGGCCUUGACUCCCGAGCAGGUGAAGGGCGCAGAAUGGGGGUCUAAGUUCUACAUCAUCACGCUAUACGCGUACAUCGUCAUGGUCUUCAGUCUCAAAGCCAUUGUCAUCAUCCUAUACCAGCGCCUCGCGUUCGGAUCAUGGCAGAAGAAGCUGCUCAAGUUCACCAUCAUACUGUGCGUAUGCGGUUCCGUUGCGACGACGCUCAUGCUCAGUUUGAUGUGUUUGCCAUACUCGCGGAGAUUCCGUGUACAGCCGCUGCCAGACGACAAGUGCACUGCUUCGCCGUCCUUCUUCGUUGUGCUGAGCUGCUUCAACGCAACGACGGACGCGUUUCUUCUCGCUAUACCGGUUCCUCUUCUAUGGACCCUCCGGAUGCCUUUGCACAGGCGACUGUUGGUCUUCGCCUUGCUAUCAUCUGGUAUAUUUGUCAUGGCUGCGUGCAUCACUCGCGUCUCGCUGACGGUCGUUCCCAAUAUCACAGUCCGCAUUAUCGCACGUUGGGGCGCACGUGAGCUUUCCAUCGCACUGGUUGCUGUCAACUCCGCCAGUCUCCGUCCAAUGUUCCGUAAAUCCUUCUGGCAUCGUCACAAGCCUAUUCUCCCCCGAGGCCAUCCCCGUCAAAAGCGCAACGUAUACACCUUCGCCUCUGCGCACCGUAUAAGCCAGGCACUAAAACGAGGACACUAUCGCGACCACGAUCUGAACUCCACCUCCGUCGGCCAGUCUACGCUCCAACGGUUCGCACAGUCGCAAGCCAGCACCAUGUUCGAAGGCCCAGAAGAGAUCCCCGCACGUCCGCAGCCCUCCUUCCAACCGCACUCUUCGCGACGACGCCGCUUGUUCAAUUCAAUAAGCAGUCUCGGCAGUAAUGUUAUCAGCAAUGUCGUGCGGAGCCGACUCGUGUCUCGUACCGUUCCUAGCCAGGGCGCAGAUCCGACGGACGUUGGCACGGAGAGUAGAAAAGAUGCGGAGAAAUGGGCGGCCGACUUGGAAAAAGGGAAGAGGGCGAAUGAGAUGGUGCGGAGUGUGACAGCGAACAGCCCGUUCCCAGGAUUCUCGCAUAGGAAUUCUGGACUGGGUGUGCUGCCCAGUGCUACCACCACCAUGCAGAGCGCUUCUCCUGGCAAGUCACCCUGAGUGAAUCUGUGCUGCUGAGUACCUGAAGUAUAAAAUGGAAUUGGGCGUACUGUUUCCGUAAUGCUAGCGUCAAAGAGCCGAACUCGAGAGCUACGGGGUGGCCGGUAAUUUGUCUAUAAGAUGGAGGAGCAUCUAUCAUGGUCGAGAGGUAGUCAAAGAGGUGCAAUGCUCCCCGAAAGGAUCAACUAAUAGAGUCGAGACCGAG